AUGGCAUCCGUAUCAAAGUCCUUCUUCGCCGUCGUGGCUGGUGUAGGCGCUGGAACAGGCGGUGCAGUCGCAAAGCGCUUCGCAAAAGCGUACCCAGUGGUGCUGCUCGCCCGGCGGGAGGAGAGCUUCAAGGACCUCGUCGCCGAGAUCAACGGCAGCGGAGGACAGGCCAUCGGCAUCCCAGCCGACGCCGCAGACGGCGCGUCCGUGAAGUCGGCAUUCGACACCAUCAAGAAGGAGCUGCCUGACCUGAAGCUGGCCGCCGCGGUGUACAACGUCGCUGGGGGUUUCGGCAUCAAGCCGUUCCUGGAGUUCAAGGUCGAGGAACUGGACGCCAGCCUCAAGGGGAACGCCCACGGGCUCUUCAACUUCGCCCAGAACACCCUCCCCCUGCUCCUCGAGUCGGUCGACUCGUCGCCCAACCCACCGUCCCUAAUUGUCACCGGCGCCACAGCCAGCAUCAGGGGCAGCGCCAAGUUCACCAACUUCGCCGCGGGCAAGUUCGCCGCGAGGGCCAUCACGCAGUCGCUGGCCCGGGAGUUUGGGCCCCAGGGCGUGCACGUUGCGCAUGCAAUCAUCGACGGCGGCAUCGACAUCCCGCGCUUGGCCGAGUACAAGGAUAAGUUCAACAACGGCGCCCCUGACGGGCUGAUCUCGCCUGAUUCGAUCGCGGAGGAGUACUGGCAUUUGCACGCGCAGCAUCGGUCGGCUUUCACUCAGGAGUUAGACCUGAGGCCUUAUGUGGAGAAGUUUUAG